AUGGAGCCCGUCGUCUACGACGAGACGCCCCUGGCCGACUACCUCAGAGACGGAGGAGACGAGUCGGACCCAGACUGGGCUCCUGUUGGCGCCUCACCGCUGUCCUCGCUGUCCUCGCUGUCGCGCUCCUCGUCGCCUCCCAGCCCUUCGCCCUUUGCGCCCACCGGUCGCCCACUAGUAAAGGCUCGCUUUCGUGCCAAAACCCCCGUCGCCGCGCCCUCAGUUGAGUCGCGCCAUGCCUCGGCCUUGCGGGCCAUCAGGAGAAACUGCUCGGCCGUCCUCGCCGCAAGUAUCGACCGCUCCGACAAUGCCAAGUUCCUCGAGCAGUUUCGCUACACCAUUGUUGCGUCGCAGCUCCUGAGCGGCCAAUCGAUCCCAGGCCACCGCCCUGCAGCUCCGACUCUCGCCGGCGCAACGAUAGGACAUAAACAUCACUCAACCCAAGGCAUUCUUGUGCCGGUACUCGGGGCUCUAGCCGUCGCAAUCUUCCUCAGCUGGGUUCGCAGCAGUGGGGCGCUGUCGCAUGUGACGCGGAAGCGCUUGGUCUUGUUCCUGGCCGUGCUCGCCGCCUCGGCUUUUCUGGGCCACGUUGUCAUACGGCGGCAAUGGCUGCGCUACCAAAGAGAGCAAUGCCUCUCCGAAAUGGCAGCCUUUGUAUCCAACUCUCACGACUUUGACAGCGCGACCGAGGCGACCCUGUCCUUGAUCCAAGAGGUGGAGCUAGUCUCACGUGGAUAUCGCAUUAGCGCACCUCUACCCCCUGUGAGCCGGAUUGAAGACCGCAGCCAGGGCCGCAAAUGCGUGCGCUUGCGCAAGACGAUUAAGAAUUCUUUUGGCGACGUCUUGACAGAGUACAAUCAGGCGUCCAAUGUUGUCAGGGGCUUUUCCGAAGUGACGGAACUCGAAAAGUACUACGACAUGUAUGACAUCAGCGACUUUGACGUCUCGGAUGCCCUUCAAGGCUACAACGAGACCGAGUUCGACGACCCGGAGUCCCUGCGGACGCUCAAGGUUCUGGCAGCUCGCUUCCACACGGCGCGCAAGAUGCUGCUUUGCGGCCUGCUAGCUCUCGACGCCGACGGGGAGGGCGCCGAGCUGCUCCGCUGGGGGAGCGCGGUCGAGGCGCUGCGAGGCUUGAAUGUCUCGACAAGGACAUCCUACGACAGGGUGCGGGCGAUUCUGGGCGAAGAAGAAUCUUUCCCCGUGCCGCCUUCUCCCAAGGUCCCUCUGACGCCAAACAGGGAGAGGUGGCGCUCUCAGCUGCGGAAGCUCAACUCGCUGUCGACUGGGAUUCGGGGGUUGCAGGCCAAGCUCCACCUGCUGAGAGAAGAGUCGGACAGGGCCUUGGACGAUUCAAACGACAUCUCGGAGGUAGGACCGCAUCUGAUGUCUCAAUACGAGUCCAUCGGGGUCGAUCUCAAGGAGCUCAUGACGGCGUGGGAAGAAGGCAAGGCGGCGCUGGCUAUUGGCAUCGAUAGAAACGAGAAGAGGCUAUCGUCGGCGAGCCUGGCGCUAUCACCCACGAGCUCCCUCAGCGGGCUCACGACAGUGGACGAGGGCGGCGCGGCAGAUGCUCUCAAGGCGCUGACGGGCCAGUCAUCACCGCGAUCGGAGCCGCCGGAGCCGCAAACACCCGAGAUCUUUGAGGCCGUGGCCCGUCCCGCCCGGCCGCGGAGCCUUCUCACGAGGGACGAGAGGCUUGUGAAGAUGAGAGAGGAGAGGGAACAAAAGGCACAGGCGCGGCAACAAAUGGACGCGACGCGGGGCAUGCUGCGGGAGCUGGAGACGGUCAUCAGCUUGCGGCCGAGCAGCCGUGCCAGUGCCCCUCCCUCCGGGGAACGGAUCGUCUCCCUGUAA